CUCUCUCUCUCUCUCUCUCUCUCUGUGUUGAGUCUGUAUAUAUAAUUGUUGGUUGUUAGGGAGAGAGUGAGCCAGGGAGCCGAAGCCUCUCUCAGAUCCCUUCUUCUUUAUUCCACAUUCAAAUUUUGAUCUAAUGGACUCUCUCCCUGAUGCUAUUGUUCAAUACAUAUUGUCGCAUAUGAAUAAUGCCCGAGACGUUGCAAUUUGUAAUUGUGUAUCCAAACGAUGGAAGGACUCAAUCCCUUAUAUAAGGAGCCUUUACUUCCCCAGAAACUCCUUUGAUAACCAUUUAGGCAGAGACAGCCCUGAUGACAUUGUAUUGAAGAUGAUUUCUCUGAUUGAAAAAUUAGAAAAUCUGGUUGUGUAUAGCCCAUUCUCAGCUGCUGGCCUUGCUUCGUGGUUAAUGCUCAUAGGUCCCACUCUUAGGUAUCUUGAGCUCCGAAUGGACAAUCUUGCUGAACAGCAGGCCUGUCAUGAAAUCCCUUCAAAAUUGGAUUGCUUAAUGGCUGCAGAAAAUUUGGAGUCUUUAAAACUUUGGGGAGUCUUAAUGACCCGCUCCCCCAAUUGGGAUGUCUUCCAGAAACUCAGUAACCUUGAAAUUGUUGGUGCAAGAUUGGAGGAUCCUGCGUUAUCAACUGUGCUCCAGGCUUGUCCUAAUCUGACCAACUUGUUGCUGCUUGGUUGUGAAGGAGUGAGAUCAGUUUCAAUCGAGUUGCCAUAUCUGGAGCAGUGCAAGUUGGACUUUUAUGGCCUGGGAAACUGCUCAUUUUCCAUGGAGUGCCCAAAAAUUAAAGUGCUUGAGGUGCAAGGUUGCAGUUGGAUUCGGGUUCGUGAGGCAAAGUAUUUGAGGAAUCUUUCGAUUGCCAAUAAUGCAGGGAGAGUCUACAUGGUUGAUUUUGAAAAACUUGGGGCUCUGGAGUUCUUAUCCAUUAGGGGUGUCCAGUGGUGUUGGGACGCAAUAAGCAAUAUGCUUCAAUGGGCAAGUGAAGUGAAGCACCUAUUUAUGAAGGUGGAAUUCACAGGGGAUUUUGAGACCCUUCAACCUUUUCCAGAGGUUGACUUCGUUGAUUUUUUCAAUAACCAUCCCAAGCUGCAAAAGUUUGAUAUCCAUGGAGCGAUGUUUGCUGCUCUUUGUCAGAAGAACAGUCUGAAAAAUGUUGAUUCAGGAUUUGCAAUUCCUUGUCUGGAAGAAGUGGUGAUCACCGUGAGAUCACCACUGAAUGCUGAACAGAAAAUGAGCACUCUUGAGUCCUUGUUGAAGUAUGGGAAGAAUCUAAAGGCAAUUGUAAUAAAGAUUCUUCAGAUGAAGAGCAGUCAUAGCAGUGCAGAUGAUUUCUUCGAUGAGAUUUGCAGGUUUAGAUACAUGAACCGCAAGAUAGUUAGAAUAGAAUAAAACUCGCUCGGGGACUUCCUGAUUUUUCCUUCUUUACUCACUUCAUUCCUUUAAUUCUCUGAUUACAGCAUGACUGCUAAUUUGAUUGAACUAUGAUCAUUCUUAAUGGUUUCAAAA